AUGGCCCGGAUUGCCCCGCUCCUGCUGGUGGCGCUGCUCUCCCUAGCCGUGCAGCUCCCGCCGUCCGCGGCUUGCCCAUCCUGCCCCAAACCAAAGCCUCCGCCGCCACCGCCGCGUAGCAGUGCAAGCGACACUUGUUGCCCUCUACUGGCCGGCGUGUCCGGUGUUGACGCCGCACUCUGCCUCUGCACCACCAUCGAGCUCAAGGCGCUCAACAUCAACCUCGUGCUGCCGAUCGCCAUUCAGGUGCUUGUUAACCAGUGCGGCAAGACAGUGCCUAGCGAUUUCCAAUGCCCUAUGACGCCGCCAUCGCCUGUCACCCCACCACCGACCCCUGUUACUCCUUCGCCUACACCAAAAACGCCGCCAUCCCCUGUCACCCCACCACCGACCCCUGUUACUCCUUCUCCUACACCGAAAACGCCACCGUCGCCUGUCACCCCACCACCGACCCCUGUUACUCCUUCGCCUACACCGAAAACCCCGCCAUCUCCAUCACCGCCUGCAACACCGCCGACUCCUAUCACUCCUUCGCCUACACCACCAUCUCCUAUCACUCCACCACCGACUCCGGUUACUCCACCAUCACCGCCGAUGGGCAAAUGCCCAGUUGACACACUGAAGUUGCUAGGGUGUGUGGACGCACUCAAUGGACUGGUGCACACGGUGAUCGGCAGCAGUGCCAGCGACACAUGUUGCCCACUCUUGUCCGGUGUGGCCGGCCUCGACGCCGCGCUCUGCCUCUGCACCACCAUCGAGCUCAAGGCGCUCAACAUCAACCUCGUGCUGCCAAUUGCCAUCCAAGUGCUCGUGAACCAAUGCGGCAAGACAGUGCCCAGCGACUUCCAAUGCCCUGCGACUCCACCAUCGCCGACACCGGUGAUGCCGCCAUCCCCACCAGUAAUGCCGCCCACCCCUGUUACACCGGUUACUCCGCCAUCGCCGACACCAAUUACACCACCUAUUACACCGGUUACUCCGCCAUCGCCGACACCAAUUACACCACCAACGCCACCAUCCCCUGUGGCCCCGGCCCCAGUCCCAGCGACGCCACCGCCAUCGUCAUCAACGGGCAAGUGCCCCAUCGACACGCUGAAACUGUUGGGGUGCGUGGACGCACUCAACGGGCUGGUGCACGCACUAAUCGGCAGCAGUGCCAGCGACAAAUGUUGCCCGCUGUUAUCCGGUGUGGCUGACCUCGACGCAGCCCUAUGCCUCUGCACCACCAUCAAGCUCAAGGCGCUCAACAUCAACCUCGUGCUGCCCAUCGCCAUCGAGGUGCUCGUCAACCAAUGUGGCAAGACAGUGCCCGACGACUUCCAGUGCCCUAGUUAA